AAGUCAGAACAAGUAAAAACACAUUGGACUUCAGGGCUCUAUGAGGCAGUUGAUCAAGAUCAGUGCUUGCUCGUUUUCUCCCUCAGACUGUCUUGGGUUUUUGUUUUACCGUUUUGAGCAGCUCUUCCUAUUUUUUUCCUCCCUCUUUAGCUUUAAUAUCGGAGCCCGUUUCGGUCACCAUGGCUCUGGGAAGAGUUGCUUAUCUACAGGGUGUUGAUUUUUUACAGUGCGGCCGGCUUUGCUCCUGGGUAGCUUCAGCAAUGCUCUUGACUGGGAUUUAAUCGACAAGAUCAGUUCGACUUUUCGUGCAAUUUUUAUGGCUCAGUCCAUUCUCUAGAUCAUGCACAGAAACUUUCGGAAGUGGAUUUUCUACGUGUUUCUAUGCUUUGGAGUCAUCUAUGUCAAAUUAGGGGCUGGCUUAACACCGCAUACAAAGGCAUGUCACGUCAUCUGGGUACCCCCUGGGAGAAACUGAGAAUGCAGGUCACAGAUUUCACAUCUUAGAGCAUAUCCAUGACUAUCCUUGGCUAUAAUCACAAUACUUUUUGACUAACUUCACCUUCUGAAUAGUGGAGCUUUGUCAUCUGUGGUGGCUUUAGGAGCUAAUAUCAUCUGCAACAAAAUCCCAGGCCUGGCCCCUCGGCAGCGAGCGAUCUGCCAGAGCCGCCCUGAUGCCAUCAUUGUGAUUGGAGAAGGGGCACAAAUGGGAAUCAAUGAGUGCCAGUAUCAGUUUCGAUACGGGAGGUGGAACUGCUCUGCACUGGGAGAGAAAACAGUCUUUGGACAAGAGCUUCGAGUAGGAAGCAGGGAAGCUGCGUUCACCUAUGCCAUUACUGCUGCCGGGGUUGCACACGCUGUCACAGCCGCCUGCAGCCAGGGCAACCUCAGCAAUUGUGGCUGUGACCGAGAGAAACAGGGCUACUACAACCAGGAGGAGGGCUGGAAGUGGGGAGGCUGCUCUGCGGAUAUCAGAUACGGCAUUGAGUUCUCCCGGAGGUUUGUUGAUGCCCGAGAAAUCAAAAAGAAUGCACGGAGGCUGAUGAACUUGCACAACAAUGAGGCUGGAAGAAAGGUUCUUGAAGAAAGAAUGAAAUUGGAGUGCAAGUGUCAUGGAGUUUCAGGUUCCUGCACAACUAAGACCUGCUGGACAACACUUCCUAAAUUCAGAGAGAUUGGAUAUAUUUUGAAAGAGAAAUACAAUGCUGCUGUGCAAGUGGAGGUGGUACGAGCCAGUAGACUAAGGCAGCCAACCUUCCUCAAGAUCAAGCAGAUCAAGAGUUACCAGAAACCCAUGGAAACGGAUUUAGUGUACAUUGAAAAGUCACCCAACUACUGUGAGGAAGAUGCUUCCACAGGGAGUGUCGGUACCCAGGGAAGACUCUGCAACCGUACUUCUCCCAAUGCAGAUGGGUGCGACAUGAUGUGCUGUGGAAGAGGAUACAACACACACCAGUACACCAAGGUGUGGCAAUGUAAUUGCAAAUUCCACUGGUGCUGCUUUGUGAAGUGCAACACAUGUAGCGAGAGGACAGAGGUGUUCACCUGCAAAUAAUGGCAUCAUGUGCAAAAGAACAGAACAAAUCCCCAUGAGUGAAGAAAGUGGAGUACAACAAAUGACGACAGCAUCAUUUUGCACAUCUAAUCUUCUUUGGGGAAAAAAAAAUGAACAACCACCACCAUUACAACCACUCCCUCACCACUAUUUACACUUCUAAGGAUGGCGCAUUUUGGCUGGCUGGCUGUGGUAACUGCUUUGGAAACAAGGGCAACAGGAUUAAGGUGAUGUUGACAACCACAUGAAACAUUCUCUAUUUCUGUUUUUUUUUUUUUCCUAAGCUACAAUCUGGGUGUUGCAAAGUUCUCCUACUAAGUGUUUUAAGUUAUACAUAUCAGAGAAUCUUAUUGCAAUGCAGCUCUGAUGAAAUUCAAAGGAAAAAGACACUUUUUCUUAUUUUACAACAACAAAACCACUGAGCCCUGUGCGAAUAAAGACUUUUUUUUCAAGGAAGUAAAACCUUCGCUGAGUAGAACACAACAGUCUUUCUGCAAAUCCCUAAAUUUCUAACGAAGCAGGUAAAGAGAAAACAACUGGUAGGGAGACAAACAAAACCUAUGGCGGAAAUACUCCACUAUCAGUUUGGAAAAAAUAAAGUUCACAAAAGUACGUCAGCUGCCAGAGACACUGGAACUCUUUGAAUGAACAUUAAAAAUAAUUAUUUAUGUUUUUAAUAGUAUCAAAAAAUUCUAAGCACUAACGGGUAGCUAUGUCUUAAUUCUGUACUAAAUGUAAACUUAUUGGAACUCUGACUUUAUGAUUUUUGUGUUUGGUUCUUCCUAAGUUCUUCAAUGCUACUGAUCUGUUGUCACUCCACUAUUAGAAAGUUCAAUUGCUGUAGGCCUUAAGUAAUUACCAGAACUUUGCAAAAAGAUGAUGCGAAACUGUGGUUACAAACGCUUGAUAAAGACUUUUCCUGCUUGCCUCCUGAAUAAGAAUGACUCCUUUUAGACUCAGGCUUAAGGCAUGGAGUACCUGUCCUCAGCUCCUCAUAAGGAGUUUUAGGAUAUAAAGAGUUGCUUCAACAAGUAUCAAAGGUUUUGCGUUGCUGUCAAAUGCACUGGCAGCAUUUUCCAAGCAUUGUAUUUUGCCUUUAAUGGUUGAAAGUUAACAUUACCAACAGUUUUAAGUAACUUAUGCUCAGUAUGGACUGAGAAGUUAUUAAAAAUACAGAAGCUGAGCUCUAGGUUGCUACAAUCUGUGAGCUGUGGCUGCUUAUGAGUGUAAGAAAGGUAAAAUUUGGGUCAGUUUGUGUUGUUAUUCUAAGGUUGGCAAUAAUGUACCCCCAGGGAAAUACAUGAAUGUUUUACACAAGCACUCAAUUCUGAUUUACACACCUUUUCCCUAUGAGAGAUUUUUUAAGAAUCCUCAGACAUUUUACUACUGUAAAAUCUAGUGGUUUGGUUUGAAUCCCAUAUGCCCACUUAUAACACAGCACACUUAAUCACAUAAAUAUUUGCUUCUAGCAAGGGUCCCUACCUGAUUUUCUGAAAACUCGGAUUAAAAAAAUCCUAAUGUCUGCACAUCUGCAUUUCUAGCUUUUGUUUCAUCUUAUUACUUUUACUGACGGGUUGCACAGCUGUAAGUCCUUCCAACCUGAUGUGGGACACCUCCCACACCACACAGUGUUUCUGGGGCAAGGGGCUGGUGAAGCUACUGCUCCAGCUGCUCCUGUGCUGGAUAUAUGAAUGAGCCAGGAUUAUCUCUGUAAUUUUUGGACCUGUAUUUUCAAAAGUAACUAAUCAGAUGGGGACUUUUGUUCAAACACUCAUGAGGACCUGCCUUUCCGAGCCCAAGCACUUACCCUCUGAAAGUCAGACCCCUCCGAUGAGUCUCCCACUGAGCAAUCCAAAACUGAAGAGCUCACUUUUUUUUUUUUUUUGAUUUUGCUAUUGAUUUCUAAAUAUCAGCUAGAAAUUCAGACUCAGCCUUGGCAUGAAUGAGUGCAAGUCCACAGAAGUCAACAGGGCCCCCCAAAAAUGCUACUCACUCCAUAUACUCUAAAGUCCCCUAGAUUCGUGGGUAUUGUUGUUGAAUGAUAGUGAUAUACUGUACUUUCAUGACAUUCUUGACAGGAAGCAGAUAAAGCUCCGAAGCACAGUAAUGCACAGUCUUAUGGUACUAUAUACUGUAAAUAUAUUAGAAUAGUAUUUGUUAAGUACAAUUGAGGAAUCCAAUUAAGUUAUAUUAUUGUAUAUCGUUUUAAUGUCUAUAGAGUAUUUUAAAUUAUUGUGAACUACACUGUGUUAAAAAAGAAAAAAAAAUGGUUAUAUAUUGUAACACCAACCACUCUGAAAAGUGGACCAAAGUGACACUUCCUCCUUUUUUUUCACAUACCCCUAUUUCAAAUAGCCAUGUCGGCUAUUACAACACCACAGUGGAGAGUCCUAUGAUUGGACUAGAUGUCCAGCACAUAACAUUUCAGAGCAUGAGCUUUGCUCAUGCGGGGGUGCAGCAUUCAGAAAGGUACUGUAUGACACAAAGCAGAGUCUGACCAAAAAAAGUAUGGAGUUUGAACUAUGUUCCAAGAAAAAGCAGUUUUAGUCAGAAAACACCAUUACCACUAAUGUACUGAAGUAUCCCGCCAAAGGGUGACAUUUUAAUGAAGGUGUCUAUGAACACAAGUGGGUUAUAUACAACUUUCAUUUUAAAAAAUGUAGUUUGAUGUCAAAGAACUGUGACAAUAGAGGUUAGAAUGCGACCAACAACACAAUGUGGUUUAACCAUACCUUAGCCAUGACAAAAUUCAAAAUACUGUAUGUUAUUAAAGAAUUAAAGAGAUAAAUUUGUUUACUAUGUUAAUGUUUUAUAGCAAGCAGAAAAGAUGAAAU